AUGCUUCAACGCCUCCAUCUCCUCCGGCUCCAGCUUGCAACCCCCACCCGCUUGCCACGAACCAACGUCAUGCUGCCCCCACCACCACCUCUGCCCAAACCCAUUGGCCAAAGCGCGACGCACGCCAUUGCGUGUGAAGGCCAUGGUCACCAGGCCCAGCGCCAGGCCCUUCGGCAAAUCAUCCGCCAGCAAGCCUGCAACAGCAGCAGCCCGGACCGGGGAACCGACCUCAACCUGCUCGUCAACAAGGCUCCCACGUGCCAGUCACGCACGGCCGAACCCACCGAGGAUGACGAUGACACCGACCGGGCCAUCUUCCUUUUGGAUUUGGCCCAGGUUGUGCGCCAGCAACGUCGCUUCGAGCGCCAGCUCCCCAAUGUCCAGCCCUUUUACGCCGUCAAGUGUAACCCAGAUCCCCACAUCCUGCGCGCCUUGGACGCCCUCGGUGUCAACUUUGACUGCGCCUCAAAGGGCGAGAUGGCUCAGGUGCUGGACAUGGGCGUGGCUCCUGAGCGCAUCAUCUUUGCCAACCCGUGCAAGCCCAUCUCUCAUCUUCGCGCUGCUCGUCGCUGGGGCGUUCAACUCAUGACCUUUGACAACGAAGACGAGCUGGACAAGAUUCAUGUUCACUAUCCCGAGGCCCAGCUCGUCCUGCGCGUGCUGGCCGACGACAGCAGCGCCGUCUGUCGCCUCGGCCUCAAGUUUGGGGCCCCUCUCUCGGUGGUGCCUCGCUUGCUCCGCCGUGCACUCGAACUGGACCUCAACCUCGUCGGUGUGUCCUUCCACGUUGGUAGCGGGUGCACGGACGCCAAUGCCUUUGCCGAUGCCGUUCAUCGUGCCCGUCAAGUCUUUGACAUGGCCACCGAGCUCGGUGUCUGCCUCAAGAUUCUCGACGUCGGUGGUGGCUUUCCCGGCGCCGAUGAAACCAGCACCAACUCGAAGGACGUGACCUUUGCCGACAUUGCCCACCAUCUUCGUCAGGCCCUUCAGCGCCACUUUGGUCACUUGCCUGACCUCACCAUCAUGGCCGAGCCUGGACGGUUCUACGCCCACUCAGCCGUCACCCUGGCCGUCAACGUCAUCGCCCGCCGUGGCGCGUCGGGUCGUCCCGGCGAGGAAGAUCACGUGCGCUACUACGUCAGUGAUGGCGUCUAUGGGUCCUUCAAUUGCCUGCUCUUCGAUCACGCGUCGGUGCGAGGCCUGCCCCUACUCCGGGCGGCCGACGCCGAUCAUGACCCCAACCACGUUGACCAUGACCUUAAGCUUCAUGCUUCUUCCGUGUGGGGUCCCACCUGCGACUCCCUGGACUGCAUCGCCCGCGAGGCCCAGCUUCCACUCCUCGAGGUGGGCGACUGGCUGGUGUACCACGACAUGGGUGCCUAUACGGCCUGUGCUGCUUCCACGUUCAACGGCUUUGUUCGUCCUCGCUGCUACUACACCUUUGGGGCGGAUCCCAUCGAUGCCGUUCUGGAAAUGCUGCCCAACACCUUCCCCCUGCACGGUCAUCUGAUGCAGCUUGCUGCCGCGAUGCAAGGCGCAAUCGUCGCCACCUCCACCAUCACCGGUCGUCCAGACGCCCACGUCCUGGUGGAGGGUGACUUGGAGGACACCACGACAGCUUUGUCGGUCUCACCGUCACUGGCCGAGCUCUCGCUGAUGGGUCCCCCCAAGCCCGCGCCCUUUCGCCCGUGCACCGUCCCCGCCUAUCGGUGA